UCAGCAUUUUAGCAUACGCCAGCAUAAAAGCGUUCGUGUAGAACCCUUGAGGCAUAAACGGCAAGAGCCGAGGUCACUUUGGUGAAGAUUGAUUCAAAAUGAAGUUCGAGCUGCUCGCUUUGGUACUCCUAUUUGGAGUUGCCGCAUCUGCACCACAAUGGCCCGGCUGGAGACCACGAACGAUGUACGUGUGCAUUCAAGGUCGGUGCCAUCCGAUGGUCUCCGGUAUCGCGCAACCACGAAACAGUCCUUUCUUCCAGUCACUGGCCGCCUGUCGAGCGAGCUGCUUUGGUCAUCCCGGAUUGCCUGGCUUCUGGCCUAGUCCUCCGCGACCCGAUUUCCCGAAGGAAAUUCAUGACGACCAUAUAUCUAGCCUAGUGCGGCCUAAACUCCCAGAGAUUCACGACGACUAG